GAACACUUGGAGGCGUCGGAAGUGUUGACCAAAUUGAAUGUGUGGAAGAGUCAGACACUGCAGACAGGACUUCCCGGUUGGCUCCUCAACCAGUCGUUCCGCGACAGCCUUAAGACAGCUCUAUUGGGCGGUGGCGAACAGUGGUCUGUAUAUAAGGAACUGCCGAAAGACAAACACUCGCCAGACAUCGAGUCGUUGGACAGUUACGCGAAUAAGAGGUGGGAAUCGAUUCUGCAUUUUAUGGUUGAACGCAAACACCGCGAGACGGAUGUGAUCAGCAAUGAGACGAAGAAUGUCUUAUUGCACGCCAAUCUCAUACGUCUGGACGACCCGAACGGCAUACCAGACAUCACUGCCAAUGGGUUUCAGUUCCUAUUAAUGAACAUCAGUUCACAAGUGUUUUACUUUUUGCUCAAAUAUUUGGACACAAUUCAGUCGAAAGGACUCGAUUUGGCGGAAGCACUCAUUUUCCUCUUUCAGCUCAGUUUCCUUUCGUUGGGAAAAGAUUACUCGACUGAAGGCAUGACUGAUUCAAGUCUUUUGGUUCUUCAGAACUUACGAGAGUUUGGAUUAGUUUAUCAAAGAAAACGAAAAGAUGGCAGAUUUUAUCCGACGAGACUCGCCAUAAAUCUCGUGAGUGGUCUAAAGGGGACAUCACUUCACACAAAGAAAUCCGGUUUUAUAAUCGUUGAGACAAACUAUAGAGUCUACGCCUACACCGAGUCGACCAUUCAAAUCGCAUUACUGGCCAUUUUCACGGAAAUGCAGUACCGGUUCCCGAAGUUUGUGUUGGGAGUGAUUACACGGGAGAGCUGUCGGCAGGCAUUCAAGUGCGGCAUAACUGCCAAACAGAUUGUCAACUAUCUGGAUUACUCGACUGAAGGCAUGACUGAUUCAAGUCUUUUGGUUCUUCAGAACUUACGAGAGUUUGGAUUAGUUUAUCAAAGAAAACGAAAAGACGGCAGAUUUUAUCCGACGAGACUCGCCAUAAAUCUCGUGAGUGGUCUAAAGGGGACAUCACUUCACACAAAGAAAUCCGGUUUUAUAAUCGUUGAGACAAACUAUAGAGUCUACGCCUAUACCGAGUCGACUAUUCAAAUCGCAUUACUGGCCAUUUUCACGGAAAUGCAGUACCGGUUCCCGAAGUUUGUGUUGGGAGUGAUCACACGGGAGAGCUGUCGGCAGGCAUUCAAGUGCGGCAUAACUGCCAAACAGAUUGUCAACUAUCUGGUGAUGCACUCACACCCACAGCUGCACCACCAGAACCCUAUCAUUCCGGGCACUGUU